AUGGAUACAAUUGGAAUGAAAUCAUCGAAGGAUUUAAUCAAUUCAACAAAUCUUGAUGAAAAACGAAUGAAGAAAAGUAUUUUAAAAGAAAGUAAAUGGAAAAUUAUUCGAGAAUCUAAUCCACGAAUUUUACCACGACUUUCUCAAGUUAUUAUUGAUCUUAUUGUUGUUCUCAUUGAUUUGGUUCUUGCUCAAUUAUCAUCUCCGUGUUUAACAGAUAAUGAAAUGCUCGAAUAUAACACAACACAUCAACGAGAUUCAUGUUUUCUUCCAUAUUCACUAAGUCUAAGUCGUGGUGAAUUAUUUUUAUUUUAUUUUUCUGUUUUAUUAUUAAUCAUAUUUGUUAUUGAAAUUCUUCUCUCAUUUUAUACAUUUGGUUUACGUCAUUAUACAAAUCCAUUGUAUUUAAUAGACAGUUUAAUUGUAUUUACAUCAUUUGUCAUGGAAUUAUAUUUUCAUUAUGGACAUUUGGGAAGAGCAGGACGAGCUGCAGCUGCUAUUGUUGUUCUAAGAUUAUGGAAAAUUGUUCGUGCUAUUCAUGCAGUUGUUCAUUCAAUUUCAUUGAAAAAUCGAAUAAUUAUCAAGAAAAUUCAAGAAGCUCAAAUUAUUAUUGAACAGGAAAAAGAAAUGACAGAGAAAAUGCUUCAGAAACAGGAUAUCAAAGUCGAAUAUUUGACAAAUCUUCUGAAAAUAAAUGGCAAAUUACCAAGCAAUGAACAGAUCAAUUCUCAUGUUGAAAAACUAUGGAGACAAAGAAGUCAAUCAGAAAUUUUGUCUUAA